ACAAAGCUGAUCUACAGUACUGGAAGUGAAGAUAAUGGUUGUUGUUGGGGGUCAGGUUAUUGGUUGCCUAGUUACAAAUUAAAGUCUUCCUGGGCCACGGGCCUGCAUCUCUCUGUCUUGUUUGGUCAUGUGGAAUGUCUUCUGGUGCUCCUGGACCACAAUGCUACAAUCAACUGUAGACCCAAUGGGAAAACCCCUCUUCACGUGGCUUGUGAAAUGGCCAACUUGGAUUGUGUUAAGAUCCUCUGUGAUCGUGGAGCAAAGCUCAACUGCUACUCCUUAAGUGGACACACAGCUUUACACUUUUGUACAACUCCAAGCUCCAUCCUCUGUGCCAAGCAGCUGGUUUGGAGAGGGGCGAACGUGAACAUGAAGACCAACAACCAGGAUGAGGAGACGCCCUUGCACACGGCUGCCCACUUCGGCCUCCCCGAGCUGGUGGCUUUCUACGUGGAGCACGGGGCCAUCGUGGACAGCGUGAAUGCCCACAUGGAGACCCCUCUGGCCAUUGCAACCUACUGGGCCCUCCGCUUCAAAGAGCAGGAGUACAGCCGGGAUCACCACCUCAUCUGCCGCAUGCUGCUGGACUACAAGGCGGAGGUCAACGCCCGGGAUGACGACUUCAAGUCUCCGCUCCACAAGGCAGCCUGGAACUGCGACCACGUCCUCAUGCACAUGAUGCUGGAAGCCGGCGCGGAAGCCAAUCUCAUGGACAUCAACGGCUGCGCCGCCAUCCAGUACGUGCUGAAGGUCACCUCUGUGCGGCCCUCCGCCCAGCCCGAGAUCUGCUACCAGCUGCUGUUGAACCACGGGGCUGCUCGGAUAUACCCUCCGCAGUUCCACAAGGUGAUACAAGCCUGCCAUUCAUAUCCCAAAGCAAUUGAAGUUGUUGUUAACGCCUAUGAGCACAUCAAGUGGAACGUGAAGUGGAAAAGAGCCAUCCCUGAUGAUGACUUGGAGAGGUACUGGGAUUUUUACCACUCUCUCUUCACUGUGUGCAGUAACUCUCCGAGGACUCUCAUGCAUUUAUCGAGAUGCGCCAUUCGAAGAACGUUACACAGCAGAUGUCACAGAGUAAUUCCUUUGCUUUCCCUCCCAUUGUCAUUGAAAAAGUACUUGCUUUUAGAGCCGGAGGGAAUCAUUUAUUAAGCCUUAUGAGGCAGAAGUUCCCAAUCCUAGAUCUUUAAGUGGACUCGCUGGGUAGACACAGUUUGCAUAAAUAAAAUGGUACUUGGGUUGAUUAUAACACUUCAGGGAUGUAGAAACACUUUGCAAACACUGUGUCAUUAAUCCUAGGGUACCAUGGUGAGGGGAAAUAAACAAGAGGUAAAGUGAAGGUAUUCUCAAAAAUAAGAGCAUAUUCAGAAGGUACUGACAUCAUAAUAAUGUGUAUAGUGCAUUUACUUGGUACCUGUUGUCAUUUUAUAAAAAUUUUCAUAUAUUAUCUCAUUUGAGAGGGGACCCAGGUUUUCUUACAACCAAUCUCAUUUUCUCUCCCUUAUCAGUGAUAAGUUUACAUUACCCUUCAGUUGCCAACAUGCAAGGCUUUGUGAUAGGCCUCUUAAUCUUUGUGUCCUCCACCCUCUCCCAUGUAGCAGAAAUUACUGUUGCUAGUUUUGCCAACCCCUUUCCCCAUACCGAGCUCCUCCACUUAGUUUCAGAGAAGAAAGCGUGAACAUAGUCAAA